AUGGUGCUUCUCCCAUCGACGCAUGGGAGCGAAAAGGCCACGACUGUACCUAGCGUGGCUCCCAAAAUUGUGGUUCAGGACAAAGAGUACUCCCGGGCAAAAUUAAGCCUGCGUACCACAGCUCUCGACCUACUCAAGAUCAAACUGGGUAAGGAUGCUUAUCUACUCGAUCAUAUCCCUCUGAGCAAGGUGAGCAUGGUUAAGGGCAAUCAGAUGUUCCCACUGUCUCCUUACCGCAUCUGUGUUGGCUUGGAUAAGGUUCAGAGUCAAAAUCAAAGCUGCAAGAUCUCGGCUUUUAUUGCAGAAAAAGCGCGUCAAGAUGGGUCAGUCGAAAUCAAAUUUUACGGUGAAGACAAAGACGGCAAGAUGCACCAGCACUCCUGCGAAAAGAUGGAUCGGUCUGGGCAAUGGCUCGACAUGUUCGACAUAGGCACGAAGUCCAAGACCAUUGUUCUGAUCAAGUGCUAUCUUGCCUUGAAGGGCGUUCCGUUACCCAAGGACUUGACAUUCAGUGAUAGCUUCCUCACGACCCUGAAGCGUAUAUGCCGGUACUAUUUGGGGCGCAGUAAGUCAAACUCUCCUCCCAGCGUAUGCGAAAGAGCAAGAUCUAUCGUGCUUUCUCCGCCAGCCUACAAAGGCGCCAUGAUGGCGCGUAAGAGCGAACCGUGUGGACCGCGUGGACAGACCUUUAGCCUGCGUCCUACAGCUUUUGCGCAGACUUCAGAUGGAGGCAAGGAUAAGAAGGCGGUGCAGGUUGAGAAUGGUUCUCCAGUAGCUUCCGCUGAAGUGCCAGUCGUUGGUGGUGCCCUGGACCAGAAGAAGAGCGAUGUUACCAAUAAGCACCGACCCGUUGUGCAUGCGCCUAUGCCUAAAGUCAUGAAAGUUCCAGGAUCACCUAGAAAGUCAUCGGCAACUCGAUCCCAAGCAACGGGAGACAUUUCGCAGCCGGUAUCGUCUAUCGUGAGUGUUAACACCGAAGAGAAUAAGACUGCUUUUGCAGUCCGAUCACCAAAAGUGCGAUCCAACUCGCAGAAAUCCUUCAAACAGCUGUCUGCCAGACCUGUGACUUUCGUGUCAGCAGCACCGCAAGAUAAGCCUGUCACCACGAAGGCUCCUCAACCAGAAGUACAUACACAUGGGCAGCAAGCUUCAACGACUGGGUUGGCAGGUUACCAAACUUUGCAGGGCCAGAUGGUUGAGAUCGAGGAUACGCUUGAGCGCAUCGAAUCUACUGCACAAGAGAAUAAGAGAAAGUACGACAGACUCCGAGACAACAAGAAGCACGAUAUCGACGUAAUGAUGAGAGAACGACACAAAAUUGAGAUCGGAUUGAUGCUUGAGCAGUUGGAGCAAAAGCACAAAGCUGAGAGAGCUGCGGAAAAGACAGAGUAUGACUCGCUAGUAGAGGAGUAUAGGUCUCAUAAAGAGACAAUUGAGAAGCAGCGCGGGAAAGCAAUGCAGCGAAGAGAGGCAGCGAAAGAGGAUCUCAAACGCAAAAGAGAAGGUCUUUCGCGUAAGGAUCUGCUAGACUGCCUUGAUGCAUGCGAUGAGAGGCAUCGGUCGCAGAAACGCAGAAAACCCUGA